CUCUUUCAUUAUUAUUAAUCGUUUCAAGGUCCAAUUUUUUUUUUUUUUUGUUUAUCAAUUUACAGGAACAGGAUACAAUAAAUAUGGCACCUUCAACUGCAAAUAUCAGAGCACCACCUACCAAAGAAGAUCGUACAGAUGUUAAGCGUAUGAAGAAAGCGUCUUCUGAGGUUUCUGAUUUCAUUAAGUCCAAGUUUUAUCCUGGACUCUUUGAUCAAGAAAACCGUGACAGCAUCCGUAAAUACGUUGCUAGCUCCAAACCAUACCCUCACUGUAAAAUCGAUAAGCUUGUCAACGACGACCUUUUACGCCGUGUUCAAAAAGAAAUUUUUACUCACCUCAACUUCACCACCAAAGAAACCGAUAUCUAUAAGGUUAACCAAACCGGUGAUUUAGCUAACAUGGAUGGUUUAGGAGAGGAAGAACGCCAGAAGCUUGCUUCCCUCUUUGAACUUCGUAAUGCUAUUUACUCCAAAGAAUUCCGUGAAUUUGUGUCCGAGGUUACUGGUUGUGGUCCUUUAUCUCCCAGCAAAAUGGAUAUGAGUGUUAAUACUUACACUGCUGGUUGUCAUUUGCUCAAUCAUGAUGAUGUUAUUGGUACUCGUCGUGUUUCUUUCAUUCUGUACAUGCCUGGUGAUCCUGAUGAACAUUGGGACCCUGCCUUUGGUGGUGCUUUGGAAUUAUAUCCUACUAUUGAACCUGAUACACCUGCACCCGAACCCUCUGUGUCUGUUCCUCCUCAAUGGAACUCUUUUGCUAUGUUUACUGUCUUGCCUGGAUAUUCCUUCCAUUCCGUCGAAGAAGUUGUUGUUGAAAAUAAGCCUCGUUUAAGUAUUCAAGGUUGGUUCCACUUCCCUCAAGAAGGUGAAUUCGGUUACAAGAAGGAUGCUGAAAAGAUCAAGGGUUAUUCCACGCAAAAGCAAGUUGAAGAACCCAAGGAUGACGGUAAAGAUUUCGUCAACUAUACCAAUGAAUUGGACGAUACCGCUCUCUUAGGUUUGUCUGAAGAAGAUCUCAAAGAACUUGCCACAUGGAUCAACCCCGUAUACCUCAACGCUAAAUAUAUGAAGCAAAUUACUGAUAAGUUCGUGGACGAUUCAGCAGUUCAAAUGAAGGAAUUUUUAAAGGAAGAGUUAUACGCCAAGAUUAAAGCUGCUACCUACAAUGCUGAUAAAAAGGAUAAUUUCCUUAAGCCUGAAAUGCCUCCUCACGGUAGUGGUGUUCGUGGUGACUGGUAUGUUCAAGGUCCUCCUGUUUAUCAACGUUUCCUCACAUUGACUGAAGAUGUUAAGAGUGAUGAAGAAACCUCCGUGCUUUUCAAGGAUUUACGUGAUAAAUUCCAAAGUGAGUCUUUCCGCCGCUGGUUAGCUGUUUUGUCCCAAUUAUCGCCACGCGGUUAUAGAGGUGAUGCCCGUCGUUUCCGUCCUGGUCAUGAUUAUACCUUGGCCAAGAUUAAUCUUCGAGGCCAACCUAUUUUGGACGUUACCUUGUCUAUGGCUACCACUCCUGACGUUGAUGCUGCUGAAAAAUGGGAAUCCUGCGAAUACGGUGGUUACGAAUGUUACAUGGCUGCUCCUGAAGGUGGUGAAGAUCCUGCUACCUACCGUCAAACUGCCGAUGAAGAUGCUGCCUUGUUAACCUUAGGUGCUGGUGCCAAUGAGUUAUCCAUUGUUAUGAAGGACGAAGGUGUUUUGAGGUUUGUCAAGUAUGUCAGCGCUAGAGCUCCUGGCUCUCGUUGGGACGUGGCUUAUGAAUAUGAUUUGCCCAAUGAUAAGGAAGAAUCUGCUUAAUCUAUGCCUAUCCACAUCAAUAUCUUUUUCAUAUUGUACAUCCUUAUCUUUUCUGCAACAUAUAUUUUUUGUAUACAUACAUCAUUUUAUUCACAUUUAUACAUACUUCUUUUUUUUUUGCAUUUCCCAUAGUAGAAACAUAUAGUUGUUAAUAAAUCCCA